UCGUGGCGCCGCGCCUUCCGAACCUUCAUUUGCAUGUAGCCUCUAUAAGUACGCCGGCGGCUCGGGUGCACCCGGGUGCUUCCGGCGCGCGCGGUGCCCGUCUUUCUACUUGUUGACGUUUCCUCCUUGUCCUUUUCGUUAUGCCCGAGCCCGCCAAGUCCGCUCCGGCUCCCAAGAAGGGAUCCAAAAAGGCCGUCACCAAAGCCCCGAAGAAGGACGGCAAGAAACGCAAGCGCAGCCGCAAGGAGAGCUACUCCAUCUACGUGUACAAGGUGCUGAAGCAGGUCCACCCCGACACCGGCAUCUCGUCCAAGGCCAUGGGCAUCAUGAACUCCUUCGUCAACGACAUCUUCGAGCGCAUCGCCGGCGAGGCGUCCCGCCUGGCGCAUUACAACAAGCGCUCGACCAUCACGUCCCGCGAGAUCCAGACGGCCGUGCGCCUGCUGCUGCCCGGCGAGCUGGCCAAGCACGCCGUGUCCGAGGGCACCAAGGCCGUCACCAAGUACACCAGCUCCAAAUGAGUGCCGCCCGCCCCCGGGGCUCCUCGGCUGCCUUCUCCAAAGGCUCUUUUCAGAGCCACCCAACUCAUCAGUUGAAAGAAGC